GCCAUUUCGUCAUCUCCAUUCUUGAGUUGAAGUCACUCCUCAAAAACAGCUCAUUCAAACGCAGCUCCAAACCCCCCGCCAAACACAAAACCAUGUCCAACAACCUGUCUGACGUUGUCGUUCCGUACGGCACCAAGCUGACCGCCGCCACCAACGGCAAGGUCGAGGGCUCUGCCACUGUCAAGACGGGUCUUGCCCAGAUGUUCAAGGGCGGCGUUAUUAUGGACGUCAUCAACGUCGAGCAGGCUCGCAUCGCCGAGGAGGCUGGUGCGUGCGCCGUCAUGGCCCUCGAGCGCGUCCCCGCCGACAUUCGCAAGCAUGGCGGCGUUGCGCGCAUGUCCGACCCGCACAUGAUCAAGGAAAUCAAGGCCGCCGUCACCAUCCCCGUGAUGGCCAAGUGCCGCAUUGGCCACUUUGUCGAGGCUCAGAUUCUCACCGAGUGCGGAAUCGACUACAUUGACGAGAGCGAGGUCCUCACUCCCGCCGACGACAAGCACCACAUCCUCAAGAGCGAGUUCCCCAUCCCAUUCGUUUGCGGCGCCCGCAACCUUGGCGAGGCUCUCCGUCGCAUCAACGAAGGUGCCUCCAUGAUCCGCACCAAGGGUGAGGCUGGCACUGGCAACGUUAUCGAGGCCGUCCGCCACUCGCGCCAGAUUAACGCAGAGAUCAAGCAGGUUCAAAACAUGGACGAGGUCGAGCUCUUCACCUUUGCCAAGGAGAUUCAAGCCCCCUUCCACCUCAUCAAGCAGGUCAAGGAGCUCGGACGCCUCCCCGUCGUCAACUUUGCCGCCGGUGGCAUUGCCACCCCCGCUGAUGCUGCCCUCAUGAUGCAGCUUGGCUGCGACGGUGUCUUUGUUGGCUCUGGCAUCUUCAAGUCUGGCGACCCCGCAAAGCGCGCCCGCGCCAUCGUCCAGGCCACCACCCACUUCCGCAACGCCAAGAUUUUGGCAGAGGUGAGCGAGAACCUCGGCGAGCCCAUGGUUGGCAUCAACAUUGAUACCUUGCCCGAGGGCGAGCAGUACGCCAAGCGAGGAUGGUAAUCGAGCAAAGGCCUUUCAGCGACUCGGCCGAUCUGGUGCGCGCUUUUUCUGGUGCCAUGUUUGAUUAUUUUUUUUUCGUGCGUGCAUUUGUCGUGUGUUAAGACACUCAUAGGUUAAUGUAAAACAGCCAGUGGUCAUGUUGAUCU